AUGGUUGGAUCAGGACCACAAUAUGAAUACACUGGAGUAUAUCCUCAAGCUGGUGCAACUCAAACAACAGUUUAUCAAGGAGGAAAUGACACUAUAUUUGAAAUACCACCAACCAAAGCAUUUAAUCUAAGUAGGUCAUGGUUUCAAUUUACAUUUACAUUACCAGCAACCAAUGGAAAGUUUGGAUUUGUAUUUACUGAUUUUAUUCCAUUCUUUAGACAGAUACAGGUAUUUACAAGAGGUGUAAAUACAGCAAAUCAAUCUUAUAUUCCUUGUUAUUCUUGUAACACUUUGGUAAAUAUGAAUCCAAGAUAUGAUGGCACUUCAUGUGAUAGAGCAUUUACUGAACCAGACUAUUUAUCUUCAGGCUUUGCGGCCAAUACAGCAGUUAAUUUAAAUGUAACCAUUCCAUUCAACGAAUUAUAUGAAUCCAUUUUAUCAUUGGAUAAGGAUAUUAUGUUGAAUGAAACAUUAUUGGUUAGAUUUGUUUGGUCAGAAUUACCAAAUAUUGGUUUUGGAGCAGAUGCCUCUCUUACUCCUCAAACAAACCCAGUUGCUUUAACUGUUGACAAUGUUUAUUUGGUGUCGGUGCCAAUGUGGCUGUACUCAUAG